CAUACAAUUAAAAUUUUGCCUAAACUGCAGAUUUUCAGCAAAUUAAAAGUUGUGGCUAGUUGCGAUUAUGGGGUUGUAUGCUGUGGCGAGAUUGGGGGUGAGUAUAUUGUCGAAUGAUGAUCAGGUUUCUGUGGAUUCCAUAACUCUGUUUGUGGCUCUUCUUUGUGGAUGCAUUGUGAUUGGUCAUCUUCUUGAAGAGAGUCGUUGGAUUAAUGAUUCCAUCACCGCUCUGGUUAUUGGUUUAUGUACAGGAGGCAUCAUUUUGUUAACUACUAAAGGAAAGAGCUCUCAUCUCUUAGAAUUUGACGAACAACUCUUCUUCAUUUAUGUUCUGCCACCCAUCAUAUUUAAUGCUGGUUUUCAGGUGAAAAAGAAGCAGUUUUUUAGGAAUUUUAUGACCAUUAUGUUGUUUGGUGCCGUCGGAACAUUGAUAUCUUUCAGCAUCAUAUCACUUGGCGCAAAGGAGUUAUUGGGAAAGCUUGAUAUUGGCUUUCUGGAGCUACGAGAUUAUCUCGCGAUUGGAGCAAUUUUUUCAGCAACAGACUCUGUUUGCACCUUGCAGGUGCUUAAUCAGGACGAGACGCCUCGACUCUAUAGUCUAGUCUUUGGGGAAGGGGUGGUAAAUGAUGCAACAUCUGUGGUGCUCUUUAAUGCGAUCCAGAAGUUGGACCUCUCCCACAUCAACUCAAGGGCUGCUUUAGUGUUCGCUGGAAAUUUUCUCUACCUGUUUCUUGCAAGCACUUUCCUUGGAGUUUUGAUUGGAUUGCUAAGUGCGUACCUAAUAAAAAAGAUAUAUCUUGGCAGGCACUCAACUGAUCGUGAAGUUGCUCUCAUGAUUCUCAUGGCUUACCUUUCAUACGUGAUGGCAGAACUGUUUGACUUAAGUGGAAUUCUUACAGUAUUUAUCUGUGGUAUUGUCAUGUCACACUAUACCUGGCAUAAUGUGACUGUUAAUUCUAAAGUGACAACAAGACAUGCUUUUGCAACACUGUCAUUUAUUGCGGAGAUUUUCAUUUUCCUUUAUGUUGGUAUGGAUGCCUUAGAUAUUGAGAAAUGGAGAUUCGUUAAAGACAGUCCUGGAAAAUCUGUUGGGAUAAGCGCUGCUUUGCUUGGCCUGGUUCUGGUUGGAAGGGCAUGUUUCGUGUUCCCGUUGUCUCUGUUAUCCAAUUGCUUGAAGCGAUCUGAGCAUGACAAGUUUGGUCUCAAACAACAGGUUACAAUAUGGUGGGCUGGUUUAAUGCGAGGAUCUGUUUCCAUGGCAUUGGCUUAUAACCAGUUUACAAGGUUUGGCCACACCCAACAGCCAGGAAAUGCAGUUAUGAUCACCAGCACAAUUACAAUAGUCCUCUUCAGUACAGUGGUGUUUGGGUUGAUAACCAAACCUCUUGUAAGGUUCUUGUUGCCUUCAUCACAAGGUUUCAACAACCUGAUCUCUUCUGAACAAUCGUUUGCACGCCCACUUCUCACUAACGGGCAAGAAGUCGAAGUUGAGAUGGGAAAUGUUGAUCCCUUACGACCAUCUAGUUUGAGCAUUCUACUGAAGGAACCCUCUCACACUAUUCAUAACCAUUGGAGAAGGUUCGAUGAUGCUUUUAUGCGACCCCUAUUUGGAGGCAGGGGAUUCGUGCCCGAUGCACCUGAGUUGUCAAAGGGAGGAUGUGAUCAAUAUUGACAGUGUAAAAGCAGCAGAGUUUCUUCAAUUUGCUGUUAAACUUACUGACUUCAGUGUAAAGUUCUUUAACUAUGAUCAAGGGCGGAGCUAAGGGGACGAA